AUGCAAAGUAACCCUCAAUUACAGACUAAAGUAAAUAAUCAUAGUAACUCUGCCCCCCUUACAAUACAAGACCGUAAUAAUUUGUGCCAUAUUUUAGGUCACUUUGACACCUCCACAUCACCUGUGAUCCUUUCUAAUAAGUUAGAAGCUGUUAUUACUCAGUAUAAUUUAGGCAACGGAGAUGCCUGUGCUUUGCUCAGGGCCUGGUUGCCAUCACAAUUAGCUGCACAGCUAAGGGCACCAGUAGGCACCCAUAAAGGAGUGUCUCCAGAUAUUGAUGCAAACUGGGGAAAUUCAGGGGACAGAUUAAAGGAAUUACAGUAUGUUAUGUGUUGCCGUGAUGCCAGAGGUACCAGUGCCAUAGCAAAUGCAAGUUUAAAGGAAGGAGAUGACCCGUUUUUGUUUUGUACUGAGUACCUUGCACUGUAUAAGAUAACUUAUAACUGCCCUAACAUGUCCCCAGAUGAUGCAGAUUUUUGGUAUUCUAUGGCAAAUAAAUGCACGUUAAUUGACAGUAGUACAAGAAUCACUCUUAGAAAUACCAGCUCCUAUACAAACUUUGUUAACAUACUUAAAGAUUGGUUUAAAGACUCAAAGCAUAAGAAUGCUACUCAUAAUAAUAUAUCUAUACUAACUGAGAGUCAGGGAAAGCAGAGAUUUUUGAGACGCUGUUUUAAAUGUGGAAAGUGUGGGCACAUCAUGAGGGAAUGUGUG